AUGAGACUAAUCGGAAUUCUUUGGAAGGUCCUGUUGAAAAUCUACCGCAGUGAGGACGAAGGUUCAGCAGAAGAGUCGUCAUCGGUCCCCGAAGGCUUCAAGGCCAUAAUGGAUCUGGACAGAUUACUGGAAGAGUUCAAAGCUUCACUCCCCCCCAUAUUCGCGUGGGACUCGCCAAGUCCUCGAAAUACAGACCGAACCUUCCGUCGCCAAUCAAAUGUUCUACACGCUAGAUACCUUCAUUUGAAGUUACUAUUGUACCGCCCAACAUUUAGUGCUUAUUGUUCAGGUGUGAGCUCCGAAUUCAAUCAGAUACAGCCUGACUCUUGGUCAAUCAUGUACCAACAAAAUGCGGCUUUAAAAUGUGUGCGAGCUGCAUGUGACCUCAUUCAUUCAUUAUCGGAAGCAACGACAGAAGAUGCAACAGGUGCAUGGUGGUAUGGGGUAUUUUAUUUGAUAAGUGCUGGUAUAGUCCUUCUUCUUGCCGAGUCAAGCGGAGCAAGCCUCGAGGGUAUCAGUGCAGAUCAACAAGAAUAUUCCUGGAACGAAUGCCUUGAGACAUUGAACCGAAUGGUCUCUGUACAUCCGUCCGCUAGAGACUAUAGCCUUGCUUUGCAUAAUAUCCGGUUAACCUACCGGUCAGAGAUGAAUAUAGGGACCGACCAAACCCGAGCUAGCCAAACGCCCCUCGCUGUAUCAGGUCAUGACCAGACGGAUGAAAUACAAGCUAGCGUAAUGCAUGCUGAUCAUGCAGAGCCUAAUACGCUGAGUCCAUUUUUCAAGAAUUGGGAUGCAGAACUCGGUGACAUUAUGCUUCCUGCUCAAUUUCUACAAGAAUUAGACGAAGGUCUUCUGCUACCGAAUCUGUUCUAA